AAUGCAACUUUUCACGAUACUAAUGGUUAUUUCACAGAGCGAAGAGAUGAAAUUGCUGUUCGUAAAUCGAUUGAAUUGAAUAUUCGGAGAGCUUUGUCACUGGCGAUCAUUAAGUAGAAAUUAGUUGGUAUGAAGAAGGGAAAUUAACGAGGGGCGGGCAUAUAUCUGCUCACCACGAGCAAGAACUGUUUGUUGUUUUACGAUAAUGUGCAAUUACACGAAUGGAUAGAAACAGUGACCCGUGAGCGAGCACAAUGCUCAGCCCCUUGCAACUUGUUGCACUUGAUUCAACAGUAAACUAGAAAUCGCAUAUCCGCGUAAAGUCCUUUAUGUUCUUUGUGAUAUACCGUGAAUCGUACGACGAUCAAGCGCUGCGUGCAUUCUUGUUAAUACAGCUGCAGUUAAUUGCAGAACGAACGUGGGAGAUCCGCUUGCAUCUAUUAAAUUGAUCUCUCUUGUAAACGCUGCUGCUUUAGUGCUGUUAUUUUAUUUUUUAGUAUAUAUUGUCUCGAUGGAAUUGUCAAAGCUCGUUGGUACGAUGGCUUUCGUAUUUCUUGAUUUUGCAGUUGCAUCAUUGGAUGCAAGAACGACCUCAGUGUCGAGUGAUUCCGGUGGUUUUCGUGCACGCAGAUCACCCCAGACAGUCGCAAUGGCUACCCUAUCCUUGCGUAUCUCCAUUCCGGAGAAAAACGCCACGAAGAUGAUGCAAUUCGACCCGAGCACAUCCAUUUACGACGCUUGCCGUAUUAUCAGAGAGAAGCUCGCUGAAGCGAGUAACAUGGGCCAACCGAAGGACUACGGAUUAUUCCUUGCCGACGAGGACGUGAAGAAGGGAGUUUGGCUGGAGCCAGGCCGGAAUCUCGAUUAUUACAUUCUGAGGAACGGCGAUCUCCUCGAGUACCGGCGUAAACUGCGGACCCUUCGUGUGCGCAUGCUGGAUGGAACGCUGAAGACGUUGCUGGUGGAUGACAGUCAGCCGGUCGCCAAUCUCAUGGUAGUAAUUUGUACGAAGAUAGGCAUCACGAACCACGAUGAGUACUCGCUGGUGCGCGAGCUGGCCGACGAGGAGACUGAAAACCAGAAGCCGGGCAAUUUCGGCACCCUCACGCUCAGGAGGAGGAAAGAGGAGAAAGGCGAGCGGGACGCGAAGAUGGAUCAGUUAAGGAAGAAGCUUAAGACCGACGAUGAAGUGAACUGGAUAGAUCCCAGUAAAACGUUGAGGGAGCAAGGAAUAGACGAAUCAGAAACAGUGCUGCUGCGAAGAAAGUUCUUCUUUUCAGAUCAAAAUAUCGACAGCCGAGAUCCGGUGCAAUUAUCUCUUUUGUACGUUCAAGCAAGAGACGCAAUUCUAGAUGGCACGCAUCCGGUUACUCAGGAAAAAGCUUGUAUUUUUGCCGGAAUACAAUGCCAGAUCCAGUUCGGUGAUCACAAAGAAGACAAGCACAAGCCAGGCUUUCUCGACCUCAAGGAAUUUUUGCCGCAGUCCUACUUGAAGGUGAAGGGCAUCGAGAAGAAAAUUUUCGCAGAGCAUAAGAAGCACAUCGGCCUCUCUGAGCUUGACGCCAAAGUGCUGUAUACGAAAACAGCGAGAUCUUUGAGCACUUACGGCGUCACGUUCUUUUUAGUGAAAGAGAAAAUGAAGGGAAAAAACAAACUGGUGCCUCGUUUGCUCGGCGUCACCAAGGACUCUGUCUUGCGACUCGACGAAAAAACGAAAGAAAUCUUAAAAACCUGGCCGUUGACUACCGUCCGACGUUGGGGAGCAUCUCCUAACACGUUCACGCUCGACUUUGGCGAUUAUUCCGAUCAGUAUUACAGCGUACAGACCACGGAGGCAGAACAGAUUCUUCAAUUAAUCUCUGGCUACAUCGACAUUAUUCUCAAAAAGCAAAAAGCUAAAGAUCACUUUGGCAUCGAAGGAGAUGAAGGUUCAACAAUGGUCGAAGAUAGUGUGUCGCCUUUGAAGUGCAACAAACCAAGGUCACAUCCGUCCUGUCUGAACCACAACGUGCCUUACUAUCGACUAUCACCGCUGGUCACGAGGUGAUCCACAUCGCGGAGACCGAGCUAUCCUGCAAGGCUCAGCUUCCGGAGCUGGGUACCGAUCCAGCCUCGUUGAAAUGGAUCGAGCAGACGAUCGAUACGCACAAGCAGAAUGUUGGCUCUCAGAUCGCGGCGAUGAACGCCGCGACCGCUCAGGUAGUCACUCUUACUUCCGGUCCAGCCGAUGAUGUCGAUCACACAGCGGUGGGUGCAGCUAUCACCACCAUUGCCACCAAUCUCCCAGAGAUGACGAAGGGCGUCCGAAUGAUCGCCGCCCUGAUGGAUGACGACUCUUCGGGAGACAAACUGCUGGAUGCAGCGAGGAAGCUGUGCUCUGCCUUCUCUGAUUUGCUUAAGGCCACGGAACCUGAAACUAAAGAGCCAAGACAAAACUUGCUGAACGCCGCAUCGCGUGUUGGCGAGGCCUCUCACCAAGUGCUGACAACGAUUGGAGAAGAGAACGACUCGAACCGAGAACUUCAAGACAUGCUAUUGGCCUUGGCUAAGGCCGUAGCCAAUUCGACCGCCGCUCUGGUGCUCAAAGCGAAAAAUAUCGCGGCUACUUGCGAAGAUUCUGCAACGCAAAAUCGCGUGAUCUCAGCCGCUACCCAGUGUGCCUUGGCCACGUCGCAGUUAGUUGCCUGCGCGAAAGUUGUAGCACCAACUUUGCACUCUCCAGCUUGUCAAACGCAGUUGAUGAACGCGGUGCGUGAAGUAACGAAAGCGGUCGAAGGUCUGUUGGAGGUCUGUAACGAGACGUGCAGCGACGAGAUCCUGCUGAAAGAACUGAACGCUGCUGCCACCGAGGUUAAAUCGCGUGCCAGGGAAGCUUGCGGUGGACUGGAACUAGACGCAGCCGAGGAAUUGAUCAACAGUUUGAAAGACGAGUUACGAGAGUUUUACGGGGCCGUGGAGGCUGCUUCUCUGAGACCUUUGCCCGACGAGACGCCGGAGUCUACUGCUCUUCGACUAGGCGCCACGUCGAAGAACGUGGGAUUCGCGAUGGCUCAGCUUCUGUCCGCCGCUAAGCAAGGGAACGAGAAUUACACCGGCAGCGCAGCUAGAAAGACAGCGGCUGCUCUUAAAGAUUUAACUUACGCUGUCCGUGGCGUGGCUGCAACCUCGAGCCAACCUGAAACUCAGAAGAAGAUCUUGAUGACGGCCGAUGAUGUUAUUCUAAAGUCGUUGAGAUUGGUUAAAGAGGCCCGAAGGGCUCUGAAGAAUCCCGAUAGUGCGGAGAACGAAGCUAAUCUGGCCGCAGUUGCCAAGGAUGUGUCGAACUCCUUGAACAAGUGUAUAUCCUGCUUACCAGGACAAAGAGACGUGGACGAUGCGAUUAAGAAUAUCGAAGACAUGACUCAAGUCCUAAGCAUGAACGAGUUCCCGCAAACCAAUAAGAAUUAUGGACAAUUGCAAACCGAUCUAAACAACGCAGCUGUAAAUUUGAACGAUGCUUCUACGAACGUAGUAUCGUCAGUACGUUCGCCAGUACAGUUAGCUAGUUCUUCCAAGCAAUUCACCAACGCCUUUGGAAAUCUGUUGGGCGUGGGAAUGGAAAUGGCCGGUCAAACAACUAGCGAAACUCGAAGUCAGGUGGUAGUCUCUUUGAAGAACGUCAGCAUGACGUCCAGCAAGCUUUUAGUAACUGCCAAAUGCGUAGCAGCCGAUCCAAGUGCUCCAAACGCAAAGAAUCAGCUGUCGGCAGCUGCACGAGCUGUGACAGAUUCCAUCAAUUAUCUCGUCGACGUAUGUACCUCAGCUGCACCUGGACAAAACGAAUGUGACAAUGCUAUCAGAAAUAUUCAAUCGAUGAGCUCGCUCCUCGAUAAUCCUAGCCAACCGAUUUCUGACGCGAGCUACUUCGAAUGUCUUGAAACUGUGAUGGAGAAGAGCAAGAGCCUCGGCGAUGGAAUGACAGGCAUAGCCAAUCAUGCGAAGAAAUCAGAGCACGAACAGUUCUCAGUAGCAGUCAGAGGAGUCUCUUUGUCAAUCUGCGGAUUAAUAGAAGCAGCAGCUCAGGCUGCUUAUCUUGCUGGCGUGAGCGAUCCAACGUCGGUGCCUGGGAAACCGGGCUUUGCACUUUGUAAUGCUUGCCGCGAAGCGUCGAACAAAACUAGUAAUCCUGUUGCCAAACGUCACUUCGUUCAAUCAGCCAAGGACGUUGCCAAUUCCACGUCAAUUCUGGUGAAAGAGAUCAAGGCGCUGGAUCAGAAUUAUUCCGAGGCUAAUAAGGAGAAGUGUGCAGAGGCUACCAAGCCAUUAUUAGAAGCAGUUGAUAAUCUAUGUACUUUUGCUGGAUCCUCAGAAUUUGCCAGUCAACCUGCAAAGAUAUCCGUUGAAGCUAGAGCUGCUCAAGAGCCAAUAACUGCAGCUGGUAAAGCUAUUAUCGAUGGCUCUUGCGCUAUGGUGCGAGCUGCAAAGAGUCUGGCAGUCAGUCCGAAAGAUCCUCCAACCUGGCAAUUAUUGGCAAACCAUAGCAAGAAUGUCAGCGAUUCGAUAAAGGCUUUGGUUGCUUCUAUCCGCGAAAAGGCACCUGGCCAGAAGGAAUGUGACACCGCGAUCGAGAAACUGUCAGCCCGAAUUCGAGAAUUGGAUGCUGCAUCUUUCAGCGCUGUUUCACAGUCACUGGUUCCGCGGAGAGAGAAUACGAUGCAAGCAUUCACCGAUCAAAUGGAGAAUAGCGCUAGCGAGCUGCGAGAAAAAUUAGAGCCUCUGCGAACAGCUGCCAAAUACGAGGCUGAAAAUGUAGGACAUGCUGUCAAUCAGAUUGCUUUGUACUGCGAGCCUCUGGUUUGUGGUGCUAUCGGUGCUGCUUCAAACAUGGUGCACUCGAAACAACAGAUCGUGCUACUGGAUCAGACGAAAACCGUCACCGAAUCUGCUUUGCAGCUUGUUUGUGUGACAAAAGAGUCUGGUGGUAAUCCAAAGGCUGUUACCCUGCACACUGAAGUAGAUGAGAUGGUGGAAUCUAUGAAAGACGCAUUGCACGAAUUGCAGAACACUUUGGAAGCAAUUUCGACAUCAUACGGAAUUGUUACCGGGCUGAUUGAUACUAUUUCUCGAGCUAUGGUUAGGUUGGAAGAUCACAGAACAUCUACGAUUGAUACGGUGGACUCUUACGUGGAUUAUCAAACGAGAAUGGUGGAAGCUGCUAAGGAGAUCGCUCGGUUGGCACAGGAAAUGUCAACCAAAUCCAGCACUGACGUAGCCAGAUUAAGUCCUCUUAUAGUGGACAUCUCCCACAAGUACACUCAGCUAGCCCGCGAUACAUCUGGUGCCUCAGCGGCUGCAUCUAACGCUGAAGUUUCAACAAGGCUUCGCACAAGUGUUCAGGAGCUUGGCAAAGCUUGCGUAGACAUCGUUAGGGCAGCAGGAACGUGUCAAAUGUCAUCAGGAGACGCUUACGCUCAAAGAGAGGUCGCAGAGCAUAGCAAGAUCGUCACAGAAAAAGUAUCUCAGGUACUGGCAGCUCUUCAAGCUGGUUCUAGAGGUACACAAGCGUGCAUCAACGCUGCGAGCACUGUGUCAGGCAUUAUCGGUGAUCUGGACACAACAAUUAUGUUCGCAACUGCUGGGACCUUGCAUGCAGAGAACGAAGGCGACACUUUUGCCGAUCAUCGAGAGAACAUCUUGAAGACAGCCAAGGCUCUCGUUGAAGAUACGAAAACUCUGGUAGCUGGUGCAGCCUCGUCUCAAGAACAGUUGGCAGUAGCAGCCCAAAAUGCAGUUUCGACUAUUGUUCAGCUUGCUGAAGUGGUUAAGUACGGUGCAGCCAGUUUGGGCAGCCAGAAUCCCGAGGCUCAAGUAAUGUUAAUCAACGCCGUAAAGGACGUGGCUUCUGCACUUGGCGACCUGAUACACGCCACUAAAGCAGCCAGUGGAAAACCUAUCAACGACCCGAGUAUGGCACACUUAAAGGACUCCGCCAAGGUGUUAGAACAGCAGCUACAACAGCAGCUGAUGCCUCUGAGUGACGUCGGCGGCUCGGAAUCCGAAUGGUUCGUGUCCGAUCAAGAGGAGGAGCUGAUACGUCUGCUCUCAGCUUCAGAGAGCGAACAACCGUCUCAGCGAACUUCCGAUUUGCUGUUGCUUAUGUGAUGGUGACCAAUGUAACGUCCCUGUUGAAAACGGUGAAAGCUGUGGAAGAUGAGCACACUCGUGGUACCAGAGCUCUGGAGUCGACUAUCGAGGCGAUAGCACAAGAAAUUCGCGCCCUAAACACUCCAGAGAUGCAAAGGAGCAACGUGACACCUGAAGAUCUUGUUCGAUGCACGAAGAGCAUCACUACGUCAACGGCAAAGGCUGUGGCUGCUGGGAACAGUUGCAAGCAGGAUGAUAUAAUCGCGGCAGCAAACAUGGGACGAAAGACGAUCAGCGACAUGUUGACCAUUUGCAAAGGGGCAGCGUACAAUUGCGCGGAAACAGCUGAACUGAGGGACAGAACUCUUCAAGCUGGCCACGAUGUCGCCAUUAAUUACAGAGAAUUGUUGCAAGCUAUAUUGCAAAUAUCUUCAAGAUCUGGCGAUGCGAAACACACGUUGCCACCGAUUAGCAGAAAGAUCGCACAGAGCGUCACCGAAUUGGUGGCUGUGGCUGAAUUGCUGAAGGGCACCGACUGGGUUGACCCCGACGACCCGACAGUCAUUGCCGAAAAUGAGUUACUAGGUGCUGCCGCUAGCAUUGACGCUGCUGCGAAGAAACUUGCUAGCCUGAGACCUAGAAAGAGUAUACAGGUAAUUCUCUUGGAUGAUACUGUUCUGGAGGCAAGCGAAGACAUGAACUUCGACGAAAUGAUCCUAGAAGCAGCCAAAUCUAUCGCGGCCGCUACAUCGGCACUUAUAAAAGCAGCUAGUGCCGCUCAAAGAGAGUUGAUAGCAACCGGAAAGGUUUCUCGAACACCUCUAACUAGUUCUGACGAUGGCCAGUGGUCCGAAGGCUUAAUUUCUGCCGCGAGAAUGGUCGCGGCUGCAACCCACAGUCUCGUGGAAUCUGCAAACGCUCUGGUACAAGGUGUCAGCUCUGAAGAAAAAUUAAUUUCCAGCGCGAAACAGGUGGCCAGCAGCACAGCACAAUUAUUAGUCGCUUGCAAAGUGAAAGCGGAUCCGGACAGCGAGAGCACAAAACGUCUUCAAGCAGCUGGAAACGCCGUAAAACGCGCUACCGAUAACUUAGUACGAGCAGCCCAGCAGGCUAUUCAACAAGAAGAAGAUAGAUCUUUGAUCUUAAAUCGUAGAAUGGUUGGAGGCAUCGCUCAGGAGAUAAACGCUAGAUCGGAAGUCCUUCGUAUCGAAAGAGAAUUGGAGGAAGCUAGAGGAAGACUCACUGCUAUUCGACAAGCCAAGUAUAAAAGAUCAGAUACUGAUACCGAUGCAGAUACUGAUCAGACCGGCUACGAGAGCUACACAACCAGAUAUGAGACUAGAGCUUAUGAGACUCAAUCACAGACAAAUUAUAACACGUAUCAACAGCAUUCUACAACGCACAAUAUUAACCAACUUAGUUGUGAUAGACAAACUCUGGUUAGUCCUGAGAAAGUUUAUUCAACGCAAAGCACAUUAGAAAGGAAAAUGAAAGAGAAUCAGUAUCGGUCUACCAUGGAAAAUCAAUAUGGUUCAGUUGAGAAGAAGUAUAACGAAAGCCAAUACGACAGACGAUAUACUUCAGACAGUCCAUAUGUUGUUACUGAAAAGAAAGUCACUAUGGACAGUUCAUCCGGUCAGUACAGUUCUAUUGAAAGGAAGAUCAAUAAAGAAAGCUAUAAUACCGAGGCAACCAUGUUGUAA